GACGUCCAUAUUCGUUCCUAUUACUUUACGGACAUUCAGCAAACAUCUUAAAAAUUGACUUUUUUAGUUAUUUUAAGUGUUUCUUGGACAAUUUAGACUUGGUGCAGUGACCUGAUGUGAUAAUAAUAGUGAUUUAUUGUAAUUAAAGACUCGUAAUAAAAAGUUUUAACACUAAAAUCGCGGCCAAUGUCAGCAGGCGUGUCAGAUCAGCGGAUGAAAGGGCAAGGGAAUCAAGUAUCAAAUGCACCUAAAGAGCAUCAGCUAGAACGGGGAGGUGAAGAGUUGUCAGAGGUGUCAUGGCGUCAUCAGCAGCAAGCAUCAUAUGCACCACCCAUCUCGUCAGCAACAGAUCCGUACAGCGCAGCAGGUUAUUACGGUACAACAGCACUUCCUUAUCAAGCCUUCGGAGUUGGGGAUGGAACAUGGUCUACCAAUGGCACAGACCCAAUGACUUUUCUAGGAGGAUACAAUCCUCACGAUUCAUAUGGAAUGGACGGUAGUGUGUUCGGACCGUCGUCAACCCCAUUUUCCAACGCCGCAUUUGGACAACCGGCAUCAACAUUCAACUAUUUCCCAGGAAACGGUGAUUAUUCCACUUGGGGCCAGCUGGGUCGAGCUAAACAGUAUGACGAUUACUACAGAGCUGAUGGGCUGUACGUGCCGGACGGUAUUAAAGCAGUGGAGACCGGCGUUCAGGCGCUGUCCCUCGGGGAGCACAAGCAUGACAAGGAUCGCGCCGAGCUCAAGGAUAUAUCGGGCGGAUCGCAACCCAAAAAGAUGACGUGGGCGUCCAUCGCCAGCCAACCGGCUAAGCCGGCGCCAUUGUCCCAGACUGGCGGUUUGAAGAAAAAAGGGCCGGGCAUGCCCCCACCGCCGAUAGUGCCCGGGAAGCACAAUAUGGACAUUAGCACUUGGGACGCAGGCAAGAGCGCACCCGUAGCGUCUGCCCCCCCGCCCCCGGUGCUGCAACCCCCUUCUGUGCCUGCCCCUCUGCCGAUGCCUCAGCCGGUCCCGCCCCCGGCCCCCAUGCGAUGCCCUCCUCAGCAUCAGCCUCCCCCGGCGUGGACCCACACCCCUCGCGCCCCCAUUCCCCCUCAGCCCCGGCCUCCGCUUCCCACUCCCCCGCCGCCAUCCCUGCCCCCCCAAGUCUCCGCUCCGACCGUGCCCCACCCGGUACUCGACGAACUCCGCGUUAAGAACGAUUACAACCCUAAAGACUUCGAUCUCACCGCCCCUCUAACCCGAUUCUUCGUCAUCAAAUCGUACUCCGAGGAUGACAUCCACCGCAGCAUCAAAUACGAGAUCUGGUGCAGUACGGAACACGGCAACAAGCGUCUCGACUCGGCGUUCCGCGAUCGCGAGCGCGAGGGCGGCUGUGUGUAUCUCUUUUUCUCGGUGAACGGUAGUGGACACUUUUGCGGGAUGGCCCGCAUGGUCAGUGCCGUAGACUACAACUCUAACUCUAGCGUGUGGUCUCAGGACAAGUGGAAAGGACAGUUUCGUGUUAGGUGGAUAUAUGUUAAGGACGUUCCGAACGGGCAGCUGCGUCAUAUCAAGCUGGAGAACAACGAAAACAAGCCGGUGACCAACUCUCGCGAUACGCAAGAGGUGCCCCACGCGAAGGGUCUGCAAGUGUUGCGUAUAAUGCAUAGUUACUCACACUCGACGUCGAUUUUCGACGAUUUCAUCCAUUACGAGCGUCGCCAGGAGGAGGAGGACUCGCGUAAGGUGCCGCAUCCGGCUCCGGUUCAGGAGAACCAUCGCGAAGAGCACGACGGCCGUGGAUACCGUAAUUACCGUGACUACCGUGAUAGGGAUGGCCGUGACGGGCGCGAUCAUAGGGACGGGCGAGACGGUCGCGAUGCCCGUGACGGUCGUGAUCAUCGCGAUCAUCGCGAUCGUGACCCCAGGGAUAACCGCGAUCCGAGGGAUGUCAACCGUGACUAUAAAGACGAUAGGGACGGCCGGGACCAUGGCUAUCGUGACCGGGACCGGGACAAUUACCGGCCACAUAAGGAUCGCGAUGGUUCUCGUGGGCGUGGAAGACCUCGUAACUAGUUGAGGUCCAGGACUAGCUUCUCUCCAUAGAAAACAAGUUAUCAUUGGUACCGCAGCAGAUGUAUGCAUAUACAUGAGGAACCUAACAGUUGAACUACAUGUGAUGAACAAUUUAAUAGUAUAUGUUGAACAGUGAUUCAUUUAAAAACAUUCAUCAAAUUUAAUGUGUUAAUCAACUGAACAUUGACUAGUGAACAGGACAUUUGAUAAUCGUGUGAUGAUUGUGGACUUUUCAAAAUCGUGGACUGAUACAAAACGGUAAUUUUAUAGGGAAAUAUGUGAGAGGAGUUUGAUCCUUUGUGAAAUUGUAUGUAUAAACAUCAGUGCACUGUGGGUCUCAUAUAUCUGUUUAUAGCGAUGGCUAUAAAUUUUAUAUAAAUGGAAUUUUAUAUACGGUUUUUAAAGUAAAUUCUCUCGUAAUCGAUAGAUUGGUUCACACAAAACAUGUACAGAAUUUUGUUUUAUGUGUACAUAUAAUGUGUAUUAAUAACAUAUAAUUUAAGUGAAACAACAGUGCGACGAGAGAUUUAAAGUUUUAUUUUAAUGUGCCCACCUUAUUUUUAAAGUGCCUUUUCUUUAUGAAUAAAAUCAAUUAGAUUUGUUUUAACUGAUAAUUGUCACAUUUUCUCAAUAUUUUAAUACCUUUUGUAAAGCUAUGAAACAUUUAUUUUUCAUAUUUAUAUUGUAGCGAAUGGUUUUGUUUUAUGCAAACAGCAUUUUAUCUCCAUACGGUGUUCAUUUAAGAAUCUGUGUUACACAAUUAUUAUGAAAUUCAAUCACUGAUAAUGAAUUAAAGCCUGUUAUAGACAUUGU